AUGUAUAAUCAACAUAUAAAACCGAAGAAAGUUUAUUUGAAUUAUAAUUACAUCAAGAGAGAGUUUCAAACAGAAAGAUCCAUAAUUUAAACUAGGACUAGUUCAGUGAUUGAGAAACCAGCCAAAAGUUUAAGAAAUAGUUUAGUAAGUUUAAGUGUGGAUUGUGGGAAAUCAAAUAAGACUCAGAGUCAAAAGAUCAGAAAAUAUGCUUAUUUAUUUUAUGUAGAUGAAAAUGGCUUGAAUGACUACCUUAAAUUUAAUUUUAAGUAGAUAUUGGAGUCUUUUACGAAGAAUUGUAUUCCCAAUUUAUUGAAUGAACAGACGUAUGCACUUUUUUUGCCUUAUUCAUAAUCGUAUUCUUUUCCUUAGAGCAGAUUCUAAGGUGAUCAAUUCACUAAAGUUAAAGAUGUUUAAUAGUUGAUUAAUUUUUUUCAUCAACUUAAAAUAAGUGGAGAAGAGUAUUAGAUUUAAAAAAUGUUCGAUUAUUUCUUUGUUCCAUCAAGAGAGUUAGCCAUUCAAGUGAUUAAUGAUUUAAAGUUUCAAUUGGCUAAGAUGAUUAAGAAACCAAUAAAAGUGAUUUCAUUUUUCGAUGGAAUUGAAAUUUUGAAUGCCUGUUAAUUGGGUUGGAAUCCGCCGACUUUGGUAUGUGCAGACUCUAAAGAGACACUGAUUAAACAAUUGCCAAAGAUUAAGGAAAGCAUACGAAUAAGCAAGAGAAUCAAAUAACUACAGAAAUUUAAAUAGCAGAUGAUUCUCUAAUGUUGUAAAUAAGAUGUGGUGGUGUAUGGAGACAGCAGUUCCAAAAGAUAGGAAUUGAUUAGAUAAAAUUUAAAGCAAAUUAAAUAAAUUCAGUAGUUAGUGGAGUACUAAAAGGAAUAUGAUGUAUAAUUACCAAAAUUGGUGGUCCAAAAUAUCUAUCCAAAAUUUAAAGUAAUACAACCGUCACAAGAGUUAGAAGAUGAUCAAGAUAACAGUAUUGAUCAUUUAAGUUUGGAAAUGAUUAACUCAAUAAAAUAAAGCAAUCCAAAAUUAGACAACUACCUAAUCUACAAAUACUACAUCGAUUACAAAUCAUUGUGUAUGUUGAAUAGUAUUCAAAAUGGAAUCCCUAUGAAAUAUUUUGUUAUUUAUAAUGAAAACCUGAGUGGACAUUGUUAGAAUGAAUUGCUUAAGAUAUACAGGGCUCUUGGAGUUAAUGUAGAUAGUGGUAUCUUCAGAUGGAAAGAAUAUUUGUUAUUUAGAAUAUUGCAAGAUAACUGUGGAAAUCCAUUCCAAGUAAUAUAAUUCUUACUCCAUUAUUUUAUGAAUGAUAAUCAAGAAUUAAGUGAUAUUUCGGUGCGUACACAAUUAUAUUAGUUGUCUCAAAGACUGAAUCAAUAUUCCAGUUCUAAAUAGGAAACGAUCAGUAAAGCUAUGAGUUCCAUUGAAUCUUCAGAAUAAAGCAAUACUUUUGCUGAUAGAUUUGCUCUAACAAUAAUCAAAUGGAUGCAUAAGAAUGGUUUCUUUGUGAAGGAUUUUUUGAAUAAGGAAAUCAUGUUGCAAUAGUAUGAGAGAAACGAAUAUACAUUCUUAUUUAUAAUUAACUGUAUAUUGGGAUAAUUUAAGACUAACGUACUUGAAUGGUUUUAUAAUAUAUAUUGA